AUGGUCCGCAAUAUUGUCGUCCUUGGAGGCAACUCCCACCCCAGCUUGGUGAAUAACAUUUGCACCAUGCUGGGCGUGCCGCCCUGCAACCGGAUCCUAACAAAGUUUUCGGUCGGCGAGAGCCGCUGUGAGAUCAAGGACUCUGUCCGAGGCAAAGACGUCUUCAUCGUCCAGACAGCCGGCACACAAUACACCGAGAGCAGAGUCAAUGACCAUUUCAUGGACUUGUGUAUCAUGAUAUCUGCAUGCAAGACCGGUUCCGCUAGGCGCGUCACCGUUGUCAGCCCACUGUUCCCAUACUCCCGCCAGCCGGACCUCCCAUACAACAAAGUCGGCGCCCCGCUGUCAAAACCUCCCUCCGAUGUGCCCAAGGACAAAUAUACUUUUGAGAGUGUCCCGGCCACGCCUGGUCCAGGAAUGCCCAAGAGCGCUGGCUUCAGCAACGGUGUCGAUAUUACCAGGAUGUUUAGCAAGACUUCUCUUUCUAACGGGAAUGGAAAUGCGUCUCCUCGUACCAACGGUGAAGGCUACUUCAGCAGGCAGAAUGCGGAUGGAACUAAUGGUAGGACUCAUGCAGGUUCCGUCUCGUCCCAGACCGGCAACUACACCACUCACGAUUACGAAAACCCCUCCUUGAUCAACUCCUUCCAGGCCAGGCCAGGAUACAAGCAGUGGGUCGCACAGGCGGGCACACUGGUCGCCGACCUCCUGACAUGCGCCGGCGCAGACCACGUCAUCACCAUGGACCUCCAUGACCCUCAGUACCAGGGCUUCUUCGAUAUCCCCGUGGAUAAUCUCUACGGCAAGCCUCUGCUACAGCGGUAUAUCCAGCAGAACAUUCCGGACUACAAGGAGGCCGUGAUCGUCAGUCCCGAUGCCGGCGGUGCCAAGAGAGCUACGGCCAUUGCAGACAGCCUUGGGAUGGCUUUCGCCCUCAUCCACAAGGAAAGGAGACCUACCAAGAUUACCGAACGCCAGAACGCCACCAUGAUGCUCGUGGGUGAUGUGGAGAAUCGUGUCUGCAUCCUGGUUGACGACCUUGCGGAUACGGCAAACACUAUUACUCGAGCUGCUAAGCUCCUGAAGAAGGAAGGCGCGACGUCCGUCUAUGCCCUCCUCACCCAUGGCGUCCUAAGUGGUGAUGCCAUUGCCCGCAUCAAUGCUUCAGCAAUCGACAAGGUUAUUGUCACCAACAGCGUACCCCAGUACGAGCAUCUGCGCGAGUGCUCGAAACUCGACGUCCUAGACAUUUCACCAGUCUUCGCAGAAGCCAUCCGCCGGGUACACCACGGCGAAUCCAUUAGUGUCCUCUUCCAACACAAUUGA